UAUUUACAUAUUUUGGGAAAAAAUCAACAAAAAAGUGUAAAAAUGGAUUUGGAUGAGGAAAUGAUUGAAGAGCAUUUAGACGAAGAAUAUCAAGACAGUGAAAUUUCGGAAGAAUUUAUGCAGUUUGAGACACAAAUUGAGGAAUUAGAAAAGAAAAAACUCAUUGCCAAAUAUGACCAGGAACUUUUAGAUAAAUUGGAAAAGGCUAUAGCUUUACUAAGAUUACAUGUACAAAACUAUCAACGCAUAGUGAUAUUUAAUAGGCGAAGAGCCAAACAACGUUUGAAACGAAGACAAAGUACGUUAAGAAAUUUCUUUAUACAAUCCUUAAUGGAGAUGCAAAUAAGAUUUGCGGAAAUGUUGCCGCUAACAAUAGAACCACAAGUAAUAGGAGAAAACAACAGCACAAAUAAUGAACAAAAGUUUGAGGAUGCCACAACAAUUGAAUCUUCACUCAGUAAGGAAGCAGGUCAUACUCAGCCAAACAAUGCCAUCUUAGCGACAGCAGUUUCAACCAAAAGUUGUUUAACCAGAAAAGAAGAAAAGGUUGAAAGUCAUACUAACAGUAAACCAACUGAGGAGGUGAGCUUUAUUAACGAAGAAGAUGAAUCUUCAGAAACUAUGUGUUUUUACAAAGAUGUUGUUUCCAAAUUUACCAAUGAUCAGUGGCUAGAUACAUUCCAUAUGCCCAAAGAUAUAUUCGAUCUUAUAUGUGCUAGACUAAAAAGCUCUUUGCUGGAUAUUGAACUACCUUUGGAAUCCUGGAUUGCCAUGUGUGUUUAUAUGCUAGCUACCGGCAGUACAUUUAGUUCUGCUGCCAUGCUUUUUAAUGUGGAGAUAUUUUACGCAAGAAGAUCUUUAUUUAAGUUUAUAAGCUGUCUGAUAAAAGAAUUUUCGGAAGAGACCUUAACUAUGCCGAAAACUAAAAAAGAGUUUGAUAGAAUAUCUAAUGGUUUUCAAAAAGCUUCCAAUAUGACACCCUGCGUAGCGGGAGUCUUAAUUCUAUUCGAGGUGCCGCAUGUCUGUGCUUGUGGACGCAAUAGAAACUGUGGCGGUAAAAACCUUAGAGUACAAAUUUGUUUAGAUAAUCGUUUAUUGAUUCGCAAAGUGGAAACGACCACUCAAAAACCUACCAUGUUCCUGCGUUCACCCAAUGAAAUUAGUGUUAAUUGGAAGAAAUUCUCCGAUACCUGUAUAGUACCGUAUUUUAUAGUUGCUCCUCCCGGUUAUCCUUUGCGUACUUGGCUUAUGCAAAAAUACGACAAACCCAAAGAAACAUGGGAAUAUGAAUUUAAUAAAUGUUUCCGUAGUUUAAACAUUUAUAAAGAUGUUGCUAUGAAGAGAUUAUUUGGACGUUGGCAUAUUUUAAACACCACCGAAUGCAUAAUACCGGAAUCGAAGACUUUUAUAGUAAAAGCCUGCUGUAUUUUGCAUAAUCUUCUAGAGGAUCGCAGAGAAUACUUUUCCAUGGAGUGGAGUAAAGAUUUUAAUGCGGCUAGAUAUGAAUAUAAGCUUGGUACAGCGGUGACACAAUUCUAUAAUGAUUCCAAACCGGCAAUAGAAAAACGUAAUAGUAUUGCUAAGUUAAUAAAUUUAACAAAAGUCCAGGAAGCGAAUUAGUUAAUAAAAAAAGUCUAAACAAAAAAACUGUAUGCUUUAGGGUAUUUUUUAUUCUGAUAGGUCCAGGCAGUAGUCUAGACAUCUUUCUACUAGUCUGUGAUCUACUCCUUUGAUUUAGUCAUAAAUGUAUUUCGACUAUUUCUUGAUUUUAGUACAAGCACGUGGUCUUCUAAGGUCAAUCUGAAGAUAGGAUUCAAAGCGUUCCCACCACAAUUGGAUAUUCGCUCCGGAACGACCUGAGUCAUACUCGGCCAAAGAUUGUCAACCCAGAGACAGCCGUAUCAACCGAAAGUUUUUUCCCCCAGGAAAGAACUAUCAGCCACAGUCGAGCUGUUACAACAACAAGAUAGGAUUCCUAAGAGUUAUUAUAUAAAUACAUAACUCCUUAGAAUUCCCAUUAAUAAUUUCCGCCCAAAAAAAUCAAAACAAAAGUUAAUUUUAAAUUAAUUUUUAUUUUACAUUUUUAUAAAACAUAUAAAAAUGCAAAGCAUAAAAUUAAAACAUUUUUGUCUAAAAACAAAUCAGUACAAACGUUGGGGUGGGCCCAUAGAUGACUUGAUGUGCAAAGAGCGAACGUUUUGCCAGUUCUUCUUCAACAAAGAUACCAAGAAAUUGAUGGACAAAUGAAUGUUUUGAACUAAUUCGUCUUGUUUCAUUUCAACGUGACCGACGGCAACGGACAAGCACAAUACUUUCUUCAUUUGGAACUUGAUGGUGGAUUUGACUUCUUCGAUCUUGCCCAUCAUGGAUUCUUGGUGAGACAAAAGACCAGGGAACUUGCCAGCCUUGUUCAAACCGGGACCCAAGAGACGGGGAAUU